AUGUUAUUCUCAACCACCAAUAUCUUGAGCACCCUUGCUCUCCUCACCUCCGUCACCGCCGCUCCCACCAAAAGACAAACCUACUCCACCCCACCCAAGUCCACAUCUACCCAUUUCACACUGGUGGCCAACGUGACCUCUGGCGAUCUCGCCAUCAACCACUUCGUUCUCGAAUCCUAUCACACCGGCGCCGGCACCGCAUAUGCAGUACUAGCCGAAAACACCACCGAAGCCACUCCCCGCAUCUUUUACAUCAACGGCACCGCCACCGACGUCCGCUUCGGCAAUUCCUCCACCAUAACCGAUUCCGGCAGCGGCUCCGACUCUUUCCCCGAAUCCCUCACCAUCACACCUUCCGAUCCCGCACCUUCUUCUUCCGGUCGCUCAACGGUAGAAAUUAAUGCCGGUGCUGGCCAACCCUACGUAGGACUUACUACAUCUCCGUUCCAAACGACUCAACUUCAUGGAUACCAAGGAGAAACUUUCUACGCUUGUAACACUACCCUUCAAUAUGGUUCUGCCAUCCAACUCUUCUACCGAGGAUAUAGCCAGGAGACCCCAGCCGGAUGUUCAGAUGUUGCAUUAUUGCCUCAAUGCAGCGAGGGUAGUGGAGCGGAAGAUGCUUCCGCCGCAACAGUCAGCUGUUACGAUGAUGUAGCUACGAUUGACUGGAGCAUCUACAGCGCAUGA